AUGGGAGGGUCGCUGGAACCUGUCGAAUCUCGGACUAGCUCCGCAGACACUCUAGUAACAAGAAAACCCCAACAAAUACCUUCAUACCUCAAAAACGUCGUGUACCUCUCUCUCCUCGUAUCAACACUCGCUUUCACAUUCGCCGUCGUCAAUUAUUCCAUUUAUUAUCAAUAUAACGAUGUUCCCGGUGGCAUUGCGCCCCCUGUGAUAGCGUACUUGGCCACCUUGCCGCACCAUGGAGCCGUGCUUCUGCGAUACUGGCUUGAGCGACACCAGUCCGAGUACAUCUUCCCCUUCACCCCAGCCUCCGUAUACGCCAUUUCCUAUUCCGGGGUCUCCUGCGCCCUAUGGACGGUAUCCACAGUCGUGGCGGCUAUAAACCUACGGCGUGAUCUCACUGGAUGGUCAAGCUGCGGGUACGAUGUUACAGUCGGUAGUAAUGGCACAAUCGUCGAAACUGUCAAUUGCAAUAUAGUGUAUCAUUUCCAGCCUACGAUAUCGGAUAGAUGGGGCUCGUUCGCGGUGACGCUUACCUCGUCGUUGGAGAUGCUUCUCAUUGGAGCUGUGACUAUCGCGUUUUAUUUGCAGUAUAGGCGUGCUAAGCGAGAAAAUAUCCUCUUGUCCUCGCCUUCCUCCUCCUCCUCCUCCUCCUCCUCCUCGACGACGACGAAAGUUUCUGCGUAG